GAAAUUGUUGGAUUUUGGAUCGAAACCUGAAAGUAGCGAAAAUGGCUGGAAGAUUGAGCGGUGUGGCCUCACGAAUCAUGGGUGGAAACGGCGUUGUAGCCAGAUCCGUCGGCUCUUCUCUCCGUCAACGCGCCGGAAUGGGUCUCCCCGUCGGCAAACACAUCGUCCCCGAUAAGCCGCUAUCGGUAAACGACGAGCUGAUGUGGGACAACGGGACUGCGUUUCCAGAACCUUGCAUAGAUCGGAUUGCUGAUACCGUUGGAAAGUAUGAAGCAUUGGCAUGGUUGAGUGGCGGAUUAGGGUUCUUUGCGGGUCUUGGUCUGCUCGCUGUUUUGAACGACAAAGCUUCAAAGGUUCCAUUUACACCGAGAGUGUAUCCAUAUGACAACCUGAGAGUUGAGCUUGGAGGAGAGCCAUAGAGACCCAUCUAAGUGAUUUGCUCAUCAAAACUCAAACGUGUUUUCUUCACUGCUUUGUUCUUCUUCAAAAUGUUUGUUGUUUCCUGCUUAGAACAUGAAGACAAAAGAAUAAAAAGAGACUUUGUUUUUAUUAUAUGCGUUGUCUCUGUAAUUAACAGUGGCCAAUGAGAAUUUCAUAAGUGCAGACUUCUGGUUCCGCAACUCUUGAAUUGUGUUUUGUAACCUUUAGAAAUCAAUCUACCCACAGUUG